AGUCUUCUUCUUUAUAUAUAAAAAAAAAGUUCAUCUCUCUUUUGGAAGCAGAGAAGGAUCUUUUGAUUUCCGACAAUGGCGGCUAGGACAUUGUACAAGUAGUCUUUGUCCCUUGUCUUCUUCAACCCAAGUCCCGCUCCACCACUCGCCUAAACCCUUCUUCUCCUGUCAAACUCUCUCCUAAUUCGACCAGAUAUGGGAGAGCUAGGGUGUAAUUUUGAAGUUACCGCAAUGAUGAACUUACAGUAGAGGAGCUGAAAAGGCGAGAAGAAACCAAUGUGCAUUCAAAACGUUAUCUGGCUAAUCAAGUGGUGUUGAUUCCUUUAUUACGCUCUCAUUUUUUUUUGAAAGCCAAGAGGGGUGCUGAUUUUCCUGGCCCUGGUACCCCCACAAGACUCUGGGAUUUCCUUACAAACUGUUUUGGAACUCGGACCACAUGCCCCUUUAUUUUGGAGUAUGUAUAGGAGAAGCUUUUGGAGGAAAGAUUGUGCGGUCACCAUUUGGUGUUAUGCAUGGGAAAAGCUCCAUGGUUUACUAUGAUGACAAAGGAGAAGAAGGCUUGUUCUCUGGCUUAUCAAACCCUUUCCUUGUAGGUAGAUAUCACAGCCUCGUGAUCGAAAAGGAUUCGUUUCCCAGUGAUGAGCUCGAGGUUACUGCAGCAUGGACAGAGGAUGGUUUGGUUAUGGCGGCUAGACACAGGAAGCACAAGCAUAUACAGGGAGUUCAGUUUCAUCCGGAGAGUAUUAUAGCAACUGAAGGCAAGACAAUUGUCCGCAAUUUCAUUAAACUUGUUGAGAAAAAGGAGGCUGAGAUGUUGCCUUAAGGCUUUUUUCAAUCAGAAAACCAGAUGUGUAGGUUUAGUGUCUCCCUGUAAUAAAGCUUGCCAAUGCAAGAUGUUCAUCGUCUAUAUUCCUAUUGUUUGGUUUUGAUUGGUUGAUUCGGUUGUAUAACAAAGUCAUGUUGAGCUUCAUGUAAUGAGAUCACUGAUGCAACCUCUUUAGCAAUGUUCUUCAGAGGAUGUGCUGAGUCCUCCAGAGGCUUUGGGGUUAGCAUUACUUCCUAGUUUCACCA